GCGUUUUUUAGUAUCUCAUCAAAAAUGAGGAGCAUACUAUCCUUAGGAAGUUAAGCCCAAUCGAUAAACCACACUGGAACGACUCAAGUUUUAUUUUCGUCCAAAGUUUAUUUAAAGUUUCCUCAUUGCAAAAAGUUAUUUUUGACACAAACUAUGGCCUCCGCAGGAGUUGCUUGUCUGCCUGCCGUACGCAGGAUCGCUGUCUUCGGAGGAACUCACGGCAAUGAACUGUCCGGGGUAUUUUUGGUCAGACAUUGGCUGAGGGACAAAUCAGAGAUCCAGCGUGGGACAUGCGAGGUUCAACCCUUCCUGACCAACCCGGCGGCUGUACUGAGGUGCACCCGCUACGUGGACUGUGAUUUGAACCGAGCCUUUACUGCGGAAAACCUGAGCAUGCUGCAAUGUGACUCCAUGCCUCAUGAAGUUAAAAUAGCACAACAGAUAAACCAAAUGUUUGGACCAAUUGGCAGCGAAAACGCCUAUGACCUUGCUUUAGAUCUUCACAACACAACAGCCAACAUGGGAAAUUGUCUGAUCUUGAAGACCUCCAGUGAUGAUUUUAUCAUUCAGUUGAUUCAUUAUAUCAAGAAUACUUUGGCGUUUAGUAAUUGUCAUGUGCUGCUGCUCGAAAACCCUGCAGUUCAGUAUGGUGCGAUAAGAAUGGUUGCAAAGCACUCUGUAGGCCUCGAAGUGGGUCCUCAGCCUCAAGGAGUGGUCAGGGCAAAUAUUUUGGAAAACAUGAGGAAGCUGGUUAAUAGUGCUCUGGAUUUCACACAUUUCUACAAUGAAGGCAAGGAAUUUCCUCCAUGUUCCCUUGAUGUUUACAAAGCUUUUGAGAAAGUCAACUACCCCAGGGAUUCAGAAGGACAGAUUAUUGGUAUCAUUCACCCUCAGCUGCAGGAUAAUGACUGGAAACAACUGAAUCCAGGUGACCCCUCAUUCCUGACUUUGGAUGGAAAAACCAUUCCUUACAGUGGAAGUAGAGCUGUGUAUCCAGUAUUUGUGAAUGAAGCUGCUUAUUAUGAGAAGGAGUCGGCCUUUCUGUUAACUCAGAAAGUUACCCUAAAGGCAAACAGUGUGAAGGUUUCCAAAAAUUAACUCGAGGAAUUCUUCUAGAGGUCUUAAGUGCUGUAUAUCAGACCAAAGACUGAUUCCACCACACUGCGCACAAUAAGUGAAAAAGUGUUGCUGCUUUCGGUUAUUAUUUUUCUUUUUAACAGAAGAGAGGAAGAUAAAGGUGCUUCCAGUCUAUUUUGAGCAGUCAGCUGAGGAAAAGCAGGCAUUGCUGGGUGACACAAGUCUUUUUCCACCCCAAACCAUGUGGGAGCGGGAGAACUUGACCGCAGUGAGGUAUUGAGUAGGUCCACUCAACUGAAAAUGUGAAAAUCUUGUACCUUGAGCUGUUAACCCUGACUUUGCUGGACACACAGCCAGUAGCAUUAGAAUAGUGCUGACGAAAGGUUACAUCAGUCAGGUAUUCUCUUUGAUUGAAUUUAAAUUAAUUUCCCCUUUUAUCCACUGAGCACUGAGAAGUGUAGCUUAAUUUACAUUAUUAGCACAUCAUGAUUUUAAAUUUACAACAAUACAAUGGUUCAUUUUGAUCUUAUUUCCUAAGAAAUAAUAAGCAAUUUAUUACUCUGAUAAGCUGCUCUGAUAAGCAGUUACAUAAAUGCAAAGUACUUUCUUUUCAAAAAAAACAUUGAAUAGUUAAAAAUCUUUGCUAACUACAAAUAAGGCACUUUGUUGAGAUUCAUCAAGAAAUAAUACCUUCUACAUAUAAAAUAUCCAUGGUGGCACACUAAUGUUAUUAAAAUAUUGUCUAAUGGUGAAACUGAUGGGGUAAACCUCAGGGAUAUGUUCUAGUUCCAUUCCUUUUCAAAUACAUGGCAUAUAACAGCAGCAUCCAAAUCAAUAUAGUCUUCAAUUCUUAGUAACAUAGAAACAAAGAGAUGAGUAUUUAAUCAUCUGUACUGUCUGCCUACUAGCCUGCCAUUAGAGGAAAUGCAAGUGGUUACAAUGGGUUUGCCAAUUUACACUCAUUGAGAAAGUAACUGGAUAUCUAUGGAGCUUCACAAUGCACAUCAAGCCCUUCAUUACAUAUCCAGAUGAUUAUGGAAUCUAAGCGAGGUGUAACUUAGCUUAAGUAUCCAGCACAUCACUGGACACACAAAACCACGAGUGGAGGUUAAAGGGUAUGCUGGAAAUGGGAAAGCUACGGUAUUAUUGUUUCUGUAGAGACCUGGAUGUAGGAAUAACAAUAACUUUCCCAUUUCCAGGAGUCCAAAGGCCAAAGGUUGUUCAGUUAAAGAAAAAGGCUCUGUUUUCCCCAAAGGAAACAGAGAAUGGGAUUGGGCUAUGCAUUACACCCGGUAUUAUGGUUUAUAUUAACCUUCAUGAGAUCAUUACAUCCCUUUCACACUUGAAAUCAUCCCUUGUGAGUCCUUCUCAAAGGUGCAUGAAUCUGUCCAGCCUUGUAAUGCUCCGGGAUGAGAGGCGAGUUUGUGAUCUGCCAAAUCUCUUUAAAUUUGAUUUGAGGAAUUUUAACUGAGUCAUAACUGGAAAGCCCACAUCCCAGUCGUGAUGUGCAGCGAAACUGAUGUGUCAUUAUCAUGAAGCUUUUUCUUAAUCCUCUCGUUAGAUCCGUGCAUUCUAGUUUCAUUUGAAGGCUGCAGACUGGUGUGUGGCCUGGUGUCAGUGCUACUAAAAGUUGUAUUUCAGUGGAGGUGGGGUUGUUUUCCAUUAGUUGGCAUGGCAAACGGUGUCAUAAAAGUGAGCCACGUUUGGCUAAGCUGAGAACUAUCAAGCCUUGAAAUCUGGACUGGAAAUGAGAAUGGAGAUCAACCAGUACAGAAGCUCGAAGUUUAGCCUCAGACCAGAGGACGAAUGCCCAAUUACAUGCCCUCCCCAGGCAGGGUUCCGUUCCUAUGAACUGCUUGUAACCUGAACAGCCUGCAAGUUGGAAAAGUGGCCACAAACCAAGUUCCUACAUGACAGAAGUUACCUGUAGCCCCACAGCAGCCAGCAAAUCCAUCCUGCCAGUCUCCCAAACGCUUGUUAUUAUGUACAGGCUGUACAUAAGUCAGGUGUUCAUAACCUGGGGUGAACCUGUACCUUUUGGUUUCUGCACUCAAAAUGGAAUUCUGAACCUUGAUCUAACAAUGUUUUCCAUUUGUGACCUGAAGAGAAAUUCUUUUCCUAAAGAAGUUAAUUUUUGAAGGUAUGCAGUGCUUUUUAUUCCUCACCUAAUAUCAAAGCUACCAAGUAACUCUUUACUUAAUUCUAAAUCAUUGAUAAGUUCUUCGAAUAUAAUAAUUUCAGAAAAUGCCAGAGUUACGGGAUAUUUAUUUUACAAAUGAGAGCAUUUUGAAGUUCAUGUUUUAACCAAUCUCAGGGCAAAAAUUAACAUAAAAUACUUUCAAUGGUAUUUUUCCAGCCAGUUUUUUUUCUUGUAAUCCAAGUUUGAUAUUUUCCUUGAUUCACUAACUUUACUCCUUUUAAGGCAUAUUAAUCAUUAGAAAUGUCUACAAAUUUAUUCUGUUUUAAAAGUAGACCUACUUUAAUUGUGUUUUUGUUUUAGAAGUUUAGUGGUAGUUCUAUGUAUCAUAUAACUAUGCAAAUCCUAACCUGUCAGGGAGUCUUCCCAGGCACAAGUGGCUUCUGUUUGUUGGACAGCUGGUUUCUUUAUGAAAAAUAGCAAUUACAAUAUUGUGUAGGCAGAAACACUUCUUUUGCAUAACAAUUUAUUUUUUUGAUAGGUUUUUGUUUUGAACCAUCAUUGUGUUUUCUGGUCAAGUUUAACAAUAUUAAAAUGAAUUGACAA